AGCUUGUUUUCGAUACGGUGCAUGAUGGGAUUCACCAUUGCACAGACGCCAUCUUGAUUGUAGGCGGUUGCCGUGUCAUCUUUAAUGUGAAGUUUUAUUUACUUAUUUUUGAGAUACAGAUGCAUAGGAACGUCCAUCCAAUGGAUAAACUCUUACGGGUCUCCUGCGCGUGAGCAGACGCCCUACAGACCGCAAAGAAACGGGGCCCCGCUCAGCUAUAGUCGUCCCGCUGUAUCUUCGGCCCCGAGUCCGGUGGUGGGGGAAUGGGCAUUGCCUGAGUGCGAGAGAGAAGCACGGGCCGAAGAUACUCUGGGGCCAGUAUAACAUAGGCUGAGCAACCCUCAGACACAACAUGGCGUGCUGUCUGUCGGAGGAGGCCAAAGAACAGAAAAGGAUAAAUCAAGAAAUCGAAAAACAACUAAAAAGGGACAAAAGAGAGGCAAGAAGAGAACUCAAGUUACUAUUACUGGGUACUGGUGAGUCAGGGAAGUCAACUUUCAUCAAACAGAUGAGAAUUAUCCAUGGCUCCGGCUACUCAGAUGAAGAUAAAAAAGGCUUUAUCAAGCUAGUCUAUCAGAAUAUAUUCAUGGCAAUGCAGUGCAUGAUACGGGCUAUGCCUCUGCUCAAAAUCAGUUUUGCAAAUGGUGACAACAUGGAUAAAGCGGAAUUAGUUCGUGUCGUAGAUUUUGAGACAGUAACUACGUUUGAGAGUCCGUAUGUGGAAGCUAUCAAAGACCUAUGGGCAGAUCCAGGUGUCCAGGAGUGCUAUGACCGCAGGAGAGAGUAUCAGCUUACAGACUCUGCCAAAUACUACCUGAACGAGAUUGACCGUGUAGCGGAUUCAAACUACCUCCCCAAUGAACAGGAUAUUCUACGUGUUCGAGUCCCCACUACGGGCAUCAUAGAAUAUCCCUUCGAUCUUGAAGAAAUCCGUUUUAGCUACCUCGAUGACUUGGCAAGAAUUGAAAAGUCAGAUUUUCUCCCAACUGAGCAAGACAUUCUACGUGCUCGAGUCCCAACCACGGGUAUUCUUGAAUAUCCAUUUGAUUUGGAUUCUAUUAUAUUUAGGAUGGUGGAUGUUGGAGGCCAGCGCUCAGAAAGAAGAAAAUGGAUUCACUGUUUUGAAAAUGUUACAUCCAUUAUCUUCCUGGUUGCUCUGAGUGAAUAUGAUCAAAUCUUGUUUGAAUCUGAAAAUGAGAAUCGAAUGGAAGAAAGUAAGGCCUUAUUCAAGACCAUCAUCACAUAUCCAUGGUUUCAACAUUCAUCAGUCAUUCUGUUUUUAAACAAGAAGGAUCUUUUGGAAGAAAAAAUUCUGCAGUCACAUUUAGUGGACUAUUUCCCUGAAUAUGAUGGACCCCAGAAAGACGCUAUUGCAGCUAGAGAGUACAUUCUUCGAAUGUUUGUUGAACUCAAUCCUGACACAGAAAAAAUAAUUUACUCACACUUCACAUGUGCCACAGAUACUGAGAACAUCAGAUUUGUGUUUGCUGCAGUGAAGGACACAAUUCUCCAGUCAAACCUAAAGGAAUACAACUUGGUGUAGUGACUAGCACCCCAACGGCAUGGAGUGCGGCACUCUGCAAGGCGCAAGGCCCAAGGGCAUUGUGCAAGUACUUCAUACGCCGACGGGUGUCCAUACUUUUGCUGGCCUAUUAGUGACGGCAACGGCAAUCUGCUGCUAGCAUGCUAGCAUUCGCCACCUGUGGCCCUGCCGCCCAGCCGCCCUGCCAGUUGCCGUCGCCAAGAGACUGCUCAUUAGUUGUGGCAGGAACAGAGUGGCUCGUCGUUGUGUCCAGCUUAUGCUCCAUCACAUCGUACACCACCUUUAGCUUAUAAAUGAAACGAUUUUCAAAAUAUGGUAUGAAAUAUGAUGAAAAUGUGCAGCCCUUGAGACAGUCUAAGAGUUGUUCUGAUUAAAUGUACACAUUGUAACUGUAUUGCAUUUAGUAUUCCAGCUCAAUUUGAUAAAGGUAUCACUUUUGAGCAAUUUUAUAUCUGAGUUUUUUCUGCAUGUGAUGUCAAAACCGAUUUCUACUGCCAUAUUUGUAAAUAAUGCCUGGAAAGACAGGCGCCCACGGACAAUGACUAAGACGCAGAGGGUCAUUCACUCACGGUUCAUAUAAAAUAUUUAACACAAAAAUUAAAAAAAAAAAAACGCAAUAAUGUGUUGCAAUGCAGGUUUAUCUGCAUACUUUGUUGUUACUACCAUCAAGGCCUAACCAAUUUUCUGUAAAAUAAUGCCAUAGGUUGGCCUUUUAUAUCCUCUUCCUCCUUUUUUAUAUAAAAAAAGAAAGAAAAGCUGAACUUUAUCUAAAGAAAAAUGAGUUGUACCUGAAUGCACUGAAUGAUCCAAGUAGCAGUUGAUAGAUAAGUGGCAAAUUACCGCCGGCGUGGCAUGGAUGUGAAUGGGAGAAUAAAGGCCACUCUGCAAUAAAUCUAUUUGUGGUUACUGAGUUUAUUUUCUCUUGGUACUAUUGCACUAUAUCAGAGUCCUAUCUGGACAGAAACCUUCAAAUUAACUCUUAAUCUCCUAAAUUUUAGUGAUUGCAGCUUGUGUUCAAUUGUGCAUCAUGUCCCUGUCUCUUUCCAAAAUAUUUCUUUCAUCCGUCUUGAUGUUUUAUCUUUUGUAGAUAUCUUUGUGUAUUAACGGAAUUUCUUAUAAAAAUUGCUUUUUCAUUUCUGGUGUGUUGUUUUUGUGUGUGAGUGUGUGUGUGUCUGAUUAUAUAGGCAUGAUUGUGUGAAUGAUUGAGUGAGUGCCUGUGCGAGUGAGUGUGUCAAUGGUGCAGUCAUCUUUGUUGUCUGAUUGAAUUGCAUGAAGAGAGAGAUUUUCACUGCUCAAAUUUCCUUACUUAUGAUUAGAGCCUUCAUUAAAGUGCAAGUGGAACCUUGAGUUCAAUGUUAGUUACUUUCCUCAGGCUCAACCUUUGUGAAAUUAAAGGAGCCAGGCUUGCCCACGGCCUGGUUUGGCCCCAGUUAAUUGGGUAGACUGUUUUUGUUUGUUUUUGUUUUUUCCAAUAUGAGACUUUAGUAAAGUGCAAUGUGAUAUGAUCAUUUCAUUUAGUGGUAAUUGAUGAAGGUGAAGGUUAUUCUUUGUCUUCUAGAUUUCUUAACGUCAUUCAAAAAAGUAAGAGCAUAAUUUCAUCCUUAGAAGAGGGUUCAGAACAUUGAAGAAUGUCACUUUUUCUUUAAUGAUCUCUGAGAUUGUUUUGAUAUGAUAUAGAAGUUAUGAAUUCAUGAACAAGUCAUUCGUUUAAAUUAUUAGAAAACCUUUCCUCAUGCACUGCGUAUAUAUGUAUGAUUGUUUUUUUGUUUGUUUUUUUCAUUAUUCUUAUGAUGGUAUCCCAGUGACAUUUCCAUUAAGUAACACUUCCAUUUCAUCAGGGAUAUAUUGGAAGAAGUUUUGUCUCCCAAUAAUUCCUGGCUGAUUGGAGGAAGAUGGAAUCCUCUGGUUCGGUGCUGAAAUCUGCAUCUUUCAAAUUUCAAUGAUGUCACAGUUCUACCCGAUAAACUAGGAACAUGUGGUAUUGUGAGUGAAUGACCUUUUGCUGUAAGGUAUGUUGCCUUAGGACCAUGUCCGAUACGGGGCUUUUGUGGUAUUUGCUGUGUACCAAUUCAUUUUAAGAUGGCGGUGGCUUUUCUUUUCAAAAUCUGAAUUGAGAUUUCCUAUUAAAGAAUUAUUUUGCAUUCUACCAUUUUAGAACUUGUUAAGGAAUGUGUGGCUUUAAAAUUAUUUAGCAUUUUCUGUUGUUUUGCCAAUUGACAAUUCUUUAAGUCCCUGCCUUGAUAUUGAUAUGAUGAGCUGAAAAGAAAUUGGGGCAUAUUAAAAUUAUUGAUAUCUGAGAGCAAUCUGAACAAGACCAAUCAAAUGUAAUUGUCUGUGUAAAACCUGUGUUAUUCUUUUUUUUUUUUUUAACGUUUGGGCUUGAAUUUGAUUUUACUUUUGAAAGACGUUAAAUUUGGAAACAAUCUCGAGGAAACAACCACCCUUCAAGUCGACCAUUUUAUAAGUUGCUAGGUUUUUAUCUGCUUUUGUUAAGUUUGUACUCAAUUUUUGGUGUUCAUAGGCAGGCAGCUGCUAUCUCUCUUCCCUGCCCUCUUCUUCACUUGGAACAGUUUCCUUCUUUUCCUCCUGCCUUUUCUUCUUCCUUUUGUUUUCUUUAUAGAGAAAGAAACCCCUUUAGACAAAGGAAAUGUUUGCUAGAGUCAUGAAUCUGUGUUUGAACACAAUACAAAUGUGACUGUGAUUCUGUGUUCCAAGUUAUUGACAGCCAGCCUUGCUCUGCUGGUGGCUCACACUCCUAGAACCAGGCAUUGUACCAGCUGCCUGAAAUAUUUUUCUUCAACAGUUGACAGUUGGUGCUUGCCUUGGUGUUAAGUGUUGUGGAAAACCAUAUUGUUUUACCCAUGAUAUCGUCCAUAAAUGUGUUGUUGUUUUAUUCUUAUAAUUUUUUGUUUGUUUUUAGUUUAUCAUGCUAUUUUUAUUUAAUUCUUUGCUGUAUGUGGAAAAAGAGGAGACUGCAAGAAUUAUCAGCUGUCAUUCUGGGUGGUGCUUUUUGAACAUCAGGGGGUCUAUUGUCAGGAUAGUAGUAGUCAGGACUCAAUGGAAAACUGUUCAGCUUAGACACAAGAAGAAGAAGAAAAAACUAACUACCCCAUUGAAUGCUGUUUCUUAUCAUUUCUCUCUCAUUGAAAUUAGUGCAACACAUGUUGUCUAUAGAAUGUUGUUUAAGUGUGCCAAAAGUUCAAGCCACAUUUUAAGAUUGUUUAGUUAUGACCUCUCAUGUUAGUCACCAAAUUGAAGCAACCAGCUGUUGUCUUUACCUAAAGCUCUCUUAGUAUGUCACACCAGAUUUUGGCUGAAGUUUCCUACUGACUACAUGUUUACUUUUUUACCUUAAUGCAUUCAACUUUCAUCCACAGUGCAUGAUCAUCAAAACCUUUGCAGAUAGAAGUCUUCUCUUAAAGGACUUAGACACUUGGUUCAACUAUUUAGAUUGAUAACAAUGUCUUCCAUUUUCUCACUACUUACGACAAGAAACUCACUGAUGUUUGAAGUUGCCUUUGCUGCUAGUUUUUUGUUGUCAUUAUUCUGUAUGUGACCUUGCAUUCUUAAAAUAUGUAUUUUGGGAGUAACUACUGUUUUCCUAUGACUACACACCCCCUGCUGUUUGCUACCAUUCUGUUGCAACGCUCUUCACUUUGAGCAUGUGUCAUUGCCCUAUUUCUAGAUGCUAAGCCAAAGUAUUUUUUUUAUUAUAAUUAUUAUAUUUACUAUUAUUAAUGAUUGAGUAAUGGUAUGUUUUGCAAGGACUAAAAUGAAGUUUUUCCUUCCUGUACAUGUAAUUUAAAUUCCCAGUUUAUAUUAUAAAUAUUGUUAUAUAAAAAUUAAUUUAGAUUGUAGAAUGAAAUUUAUAAAGGCAGAAGUUUCUCAUUUUCCCAAUGCAAGCCCUAGAUGAAAGAACAAUGUUUCCUUCCUUGUGAUUAUUUAUUUUUAUUUCUUCAAUCGUUUUCAAAGUUUCUGCUGUCUAUGUUCCAUUAUUUCAAUGUGUUGUGCUUUAAAGUCGCAUGCAAUGCAGUGUGCAUAAGAUGUUUCUCAUGGGCAGCGUACUAUACAGACAUAUUCUCAAGAUAUGGAAAACAAAAAAUUCCUGAUUAUUUAAUUUAUUUCAGUUCUGCAUUUACGCUGACUGGAAGAAAACUUAACUCAAGCCAAGAGUGAAGCUGUGUCAAAGAUAAAUCUCUUUGCUGCUUGUUUUGCAACUGAAUGGAUGUGAAGGGUUGUGUUGUGAGUGAAUGUGCGUGAGUUAAUGUGAGUGCGUGUGUGCGUACGUGCGUGUGUGCACGCGUGUGCGUUUGAGAGCGUAUAGGCCUUAGGCCAUUUGUAAUUUCUUGUCAAAAAAUAUAUAUACACGUUUUUCUGAAGUGUGUUUUACCUUCCACCUGUCUUCGCUCGUUUGACAGCCCUGACCGAGCUCAUAUUCAAUUGGAAGAUUGUAUGUAAACACUAUUUUCUGUGCAAGGGUCGAAUGUAACAACUUUCAUUUCCCUGUAUAAAGUAGUAUUUAUUCUUUUGUAUAAGAUAUUUGAAAUAAGAAUUAACAUAGACUGUUUA